GCUUUAUGCGGGGUGGCGUUUAAUUGAGGCGGAGGCCUAAACUGGAAGAAUGGAGUAGGGGAGAGAAACAGAACAAGCAAAGAGAUGGGUACUGUUUAUUACAGUUUGAUGGUCAUACUUUUUGCGCAGUAGGCAUAAUAGACUCUGUUGAGGCAGAAACGGGUUUGGUUGAAUAGGGACAGGAUGUAGAGUCACGUAGACGUAGCCUCUCCAUCUUGCUCUUUGUGGGUUAAUUGAUUCACGUGAUCAUCUGUGACGUUACCAAACGAUCAGGUUUUACAAGAACUGCGAACCGUUCUACCAAGAACUCAAAAAAUAAUCGGUCAAAUGGAUGGCAGCUAGCAAUACGGGUGAUGAAGUGUCUUAGGUGGGAAGAAAUAUGUACAUUUCGAUACAACUAGACUAUUAUAUGGUUUUCAAUAAUUACAAUUUUGGGAUAUUGCAAUUCUAAUUUACUUUCUAAUUGUCUGCGAAAAAUGGAUAGAGAACUUGAGCUUGUUUUUGAAUUUUCUCUCAGGAGUUGAGAAUUGUCGAAAUAUGUCUACGAAGGUCGAAGGACGAUCCACCUAGGUAACAUUUUAUUGUCAUUCUCACUCCAAGACUUCAAAAUUGGAAUUCGAGUCAGUAAGAAAAUAUCCUCAGAAUGUAUGAAAGGAAUCGAUGAUAUGAAAGUUGUCUUUUGACAGGGUAGGAGUUGGUAACUCGGUUGCCAAAUCUUCUCUGUCUUCGGACGGGUCAAAAGUAUCUAUGCGAGAUGUGAAUAAACUAAAGUUGUGAGUAUUGAACAACUUGCUAGUGCUAGUCUGUCAGAUAAAGUGGAAUGAAACGCGGGUUCUAUCGAAUGGUUCCGUGUACGGGUG